AAAUGUUCCGCGGCCAUGCCCCUCUCCACCGGCUCCCCUCCGCCGCCGCCACCGGCGGCGGCCGCCGGCGCACUCCCCAGCGCGUCCCCGUCGUGCCGCACCUCCACUCAUGUUCCCUUCAGGCCGAAGUUGAGCUUCAUGGUGGCAUUUCAGGCUCAACAUGUGAAAUAUGCUCCUAACCUGAUCAAAUCAGUAGUAAAAAGUCUUAGAUCAAACAUCACUGAUGGUGACAAUGGAAUGACCGAGCCAGCUAGGGAAUUGUUGGAACGGCUGUUUGCGAAGACACAGAGUCUAGACACAAGUGCUUCUCAUGAUAGUGAACUGAGCAUGAGCAUCGAGGUCCUCAAGUCUGAAUUCGAGCGCGCCUUGUCGAUUCUCAGAAAGAAAGAGAGGUACCUUCGGAAUGCAGAGAAGAGGGUUUCUGAUGAUCAGUUAAGGUUGAACCAGACGAAGCAGGACCUGGAUCAGAGAGAGCAAGAGAUCAGCAAAGCACAUGCAAAGCAGCAACAAAUGGAGAAAGCACUGAAAAAGGCAAGUAGAGAUCUGUCGUUGCGAGUGAAGCAGAUCAAUAAUCUGAAGCUUCUGGUUGAGAGGCAAGACAGGAAAAUUGCCAGUUCAGAAGCUUUGCUUUCUCAAAAGGUAAUUGAAGUGGAAAAUCUCAAACAAGAUAUGUUCAACAAGAAUAAGGAAGCAGACUUGAUAAGAUCAGAGAUUAAGUUGAAAGAACAACUGCUUCUUGAAGCUAAUCAGGACGUCGUGCAGCAAGAGGCAACAGUUAGGGAGCUGCGGAGUGAAACUGAAAAAAAGGCUAUUGAUAUUGCCAUAUCCAAUGAAUUGAGGAAGGCUAAUGAAGAGAAACUGAAAAUUGCUGAACAGGAACUUGAGAAGCAGAAUUUAGGAUGGUUAGCAGCACAGCAAGAAUUAAAGGAACUGGCGCAACUUGCAUCCAAGGACACAGAUGAUAUCAAGGGUACUGUCACUGACUUUAAACGUGUGAGGUCCCUGCUGGAUGCUGUACGGUCUGAACUAAUCUCUUCAAAAGAUAAUUUCGCCUCCUCUCGCAGACAAAUAGAAGAACAAACGGUGCAGUUGCAGAAGCAAGUGCAAGAACUCAAGGACCAAAGGGUAUUGCUGAUGUCUUACACCCAGGAUUUGGAAGCUGCUCAACUGGAGAUUCAAGGGAAGACAAAAGAUCUCAAUGCUGCACAGUCUCGUUGCCAUGAACUUGAAUUGCAGUUACUUAAGGAAAUGGAGAAGGUUGAGUCUCUAGAAGCCGAGUUAACCAAAGAAAGAGAGAACUUGGAACAGAAAACUGAACAAGUAGACUUUCUUCAGAAGGAGCUUGUUCAGAAGGAAAAUGAGUGUGGUAAUUCACAAAAGCUUGUUAAAAUAAAAGAGGCAGAGCUAUUAGAAGCCAGACAUGAAGUCCAAGAUAUGAAAUCAAAGGUAGAUUCUAUCCAAUUGGCUGUUCAAGAGAAGGAUUCAGAGCUUUCGGACACACAGAGCAGACUAACUGAAGUGAGCGGUGAAGUUGUUGAGCUUCAGCAGUUGCUAAAUAGCAAGGAUGAUCAACUUGUUCAGGUUAGAACUGAGUUACAUGAUAAAGAACAAUAUAUAGAAUCAAUGCAGAGUGAAUUAGAGAGCAUAAGAUUCAGAUGCUCGCAAGCUGAAUCUGUGUUGCGAAGGAUGGCUGAGCUCACUGGCGAUCUUGCUAGUUCCGUGAAAGCUGGAGAAAUGGACAUUUAUGCAUUACUGGAUGAUGAAAUUUCAAGCACCAGUACAGUCCUUGAGUCCAAUUUGCACAAGCAUAAUCAACUGGAGGCUGACAUAGAGAUGUUAAGAGAAUCCUUACGGCAUAAGGACAUGGACUUAAGAGCUGCUCAUGAAGCACUUGAUGCCAAAGAUCAAGAACUGAAGGCAGUAGUUGGAAAGUGGGAUUUCAAGGAGAAGGAACUGGAUGAGGUGGAAGAGUUACAGAAAGAUCCCAUUGACAUGAAGGAACUCCCUGUUCUUUCUAACGAGACAACAGGGGGCAGCAUUACAGGAGAGAUGGAGCUCAAGAAGCUUCAAAUUGAAGCUGCCGAGGUGGAGGCACUUGCUGCUACUACUGCACUAAAGAAGCUUGCGGAUAUGAGUAAGAAAUACUUGAGAUGCCGCAAAGCUGAUUCUGGGAUUGGUUUGGUUGCAUCAGAAAGUGCAAACAUUGGUAAAGCGAAUUCUAGGAUGGAAUUAAACAACAAGAUGGAUGUGAUUUUUGAAGCUAAACAAGAAAUUGUUAGACUAUUUUCAUUGACAAAAGAGCUCAUCACUGAUGACGCAAUAAAUGAUGCUGAGGAACGAUAACUUUAGAGCUAAAAUAUUCAGCCAGCCAAUUCUACCAAGAUAGCUUCAGAAUAGAGGUAUGGCAGAUAGAUCUCAGACAUUUAUGAGCAGCUGGGUCGCAUAGCAAGACCAAAAUCUGUCGCUGGUUGAUUCGGCAAAUGGCGUUCUAACAAAGGAUAAAAGAAACUGUCCAUGUGUGUAUUUUCGGAGACGAACCUCAAACUCUUCCUAAUAAUGUUUUCCGAUGUGUUGCUGUAAAUAUAUGUGGGGAGUUACUGGUAUGGCAUUUGGUGCUGGUUGUCCCCACACACUGUACAUUGGACGAUGCUCCAGGUUUUGUUGUUGGUUAACUGAAAUGAUGUUCAGUGUUUGCUAUUGUUGUUGCACCACAAAGUGGAUGAUGUUCCAAAUUAGAGCAACAAGGAAAGAAAGGGAGAUGACUGUCAAGAAAAAGGGAAAGAAAGGAGAUAGCUAUAGUUCAUCUAAAAAGGGGAGAUGGAAAUUUUGAGCUGGAAGUCACCAAUCUUCAAGGCGCAACCUUUUAAAUUUUGCACAGAAAGUAUUCAGUAUUUCAGGGUUUAACUGUUAGGAUUCUGUUAUUUGUAGAGUCUUUAAGAUUCUAUUCCAAGUGCAAUGCCCCUCAAUGUCACUUCGAGGCAGAGACAAACUCUAUCUCUAUGCUUUCUCAGUUUCUCUUAACUCCAGGUCACCAAAAUUCUUAUGUGGCAAUACCCUUACAGGUAGUUGAUGUAAGCCUAUGCAUACAUUGCAUAGUCAGUUCUUUCUC